AUGGCUGCGGUGUUGGAGCUGCAGCAACAGUUGCAGGACCAUGGGCAGCAGCUGGCGCAGCUGUCCAGGCAGCUGCAGAACAUGGAGAGUUUGCUCCGCUCACACGAGGAGCCCUUCACCAGUUUGAAGACGCCGCGGCUGAUUGGUUCGCCGCCGGCAGUGUCGCCAACAGAGCGUCAUCGGGCGCCCAGCUGCAGCACGGAGGUGGAGAUCGCCCAAGCGAGGUGGGAAGCAUUGGUCAACAUGAUCGAGCUUGAAGAGCAAGCGCGGGCAAGAGAUGUCGCUGAGCUGCGAAAGCUGCUCGAACAAGCGAGCAGAACACAACGGUCCAAUUUGGAUGAGAAUGCAAUGUGCUUCGAAGCAAGUCUGGCCAAGCUGCGCUCCGAGUGGGAGGGAGCCUUCAACCAGAUUAAAGACAAGUUGACGAAGCAAGAGGAGGCCAUCAAAGACUUGGCUUCAAGGCCCUCCAGCAAGGAGUUUGAUGACCUCAAGGCCAAGAGCGAUUUGUUUGCCACAGCCAUGGAUGCGAUGUCUUCCAAGCUUGAGCAUGGCCUUGACACCAUGGAGGUCUUGAAAGGGCCUUUGCUCACUUCAGUCGCGGUACCAGCUGCAGCUGAAGGCAAUCGCCUUUCUCAAAGCCUGGCGCAUGCUAAGAGCCAGGACGCUCUUGGGGAGAGUGCACAGCAUCGGCGGACCAACAGCUCUUCGCCCAUCAGCAGGAAUGCCUACGCACGACUUAGCCCUGGCAAGUCGCACACGAUUAGUGUCAUGCCAGAUGCAAGAACUCCUGUUUUACCGCAGAAGGUACCGUCCUUGGUGACUCCACUGGUGCCGGGGCUGGGCUUGGGUCGCCUGGCUCGGGAAGGCACCACCGGAAGUUUGCCCGACACCAAGGAGACCGACGCCGGAGCCUCCGCGGAUCAUGGCUGCUGCCAGGUUGUCGCCAGCAAUGACGAGGGUGUGGAGAAUUUACAGAUGAAGGUUUGUGAAAUUCUUGCAGGUUUGGUGGCUGUGAUUCAGCCCAGAGCCUUUAAGAGCUCCUUGGGCUUUUCAGGCCUGGCCAGAUGCCUUUUCCUGGGAGAAGUUCCUGCACUAAAUUCGGAGGAAUUAUUGGCUGAGAAGCUGCGAGUCUCCAAUCGAAGACUGCCACCAGUUCAUCCCGAGGUGAUUGGCCGUGAGGACAUCUCACGCGAGCAUUCUUUCGGUGGGGAUGAGGAGGAGGAUGACCUUUCUCCUGAUGUGGUGCCUUCUGAGCGGAGCUUGCCUCGGCUCACCCAUGUGCGCCGGCAGCUCCACAAGCACGAGGAGCCCACAGAGAUCGCUGUUGACAGUGACGAUGGUGAAGAGUCAACCUUGGUGGCGCAUGCGAACCACAAGGACACUGAGGAGCGGCCCAAGAUUACGGUCUGGGCAGCUUCAUCCAAUCUGGUGACUUGUAUGGUCGGGGCAAGUGUGCUGAGCUUGCCGCGCAUGGUGGCAAACAAUGGCUGGGCCUUGGGCCCCGGCAUGGUGUUACUUGCUGGCUUCGUCUCCUAUCAAGCUUGCACCAUGGUGGAUCAGGCAAUGGACCACCUGGCCGAUACCUACGGACAACAUCCCAGAAACAUUGGAGAUGUUGUUCAGGAGUGUUUUGGUCAGCGUGGGAGACGAGCUGUUCUAUUUCUUACUUGUGUUUUUCAGAUUAGCAAGUGUGGCGUUUACUUUGUUGUCAUCGGCGCCAAUUUGAAUUACGCCUUGGAUGGCAUGACGCAGCGUCAAUGGGCAUUAACAGGUGCCCUGCUUUGCAUGCGAUUGAUGUUUGUGCAAGACAUCACAGUGAUCUCUCGAUGGUCUUUCAUCGGAGUGAUCGCCUCUGUGGUGUACUUACUCACCAUUUCAGCCGGAGGUGUCGAAGCUGCGGCUUUAAAUCCAACUCCAAGCAAGACAUGGCCCAAUACCUAUACAAAUCUUCUUGCAGAUUUUGCUGUGAUGGUCUAUGCGUACUCGCCGUGUGAUGUUUUGCCCGUUUUGAAGCAUGACAUGAAGGAGCCUAGAAGCCUUCAUUUGGCCUUGCGUUUUUCAUUCUUCACUGUGGUGUUCCUCUAUGUGAGCCUGGGCUCUGUGGCCUAUCUUGGCUGGGGAAAUCAAGUGGCAGGGAACGUGCUGCUUUCCAUGUGUGAUCCACCUGGUUGCCCUGGGAACUUGCCAGCGAAGGUGGAUGCGCCAGGUAAAAAGUGGAUGCUCGGAUACUGCCUCGCGGGGGCUGUGGUGUCGAAUUUGAUGGUCACAGCACCAGUGGUUUUGUAUUGUGUUUUUCGUGUGCUCGAAGCUGAGCACACUCUGCUAACCCAGCCGUGGGUGAACCGAACCCUCAGAGUGACGACCGUGACAAUUGCUGUGUUGAUUGCUCUAUUCCUUCCCCACUUCACUGAAAUAUUGGCAGUAAUUUCCACUGGUUUAUUGACGUUGCUUCAGAUUUUUGUGCCAGUUGCAGUGACUUUGGCACUCCGUGGCCUGGGAUUCCGUGAGUUGUUAUUGUGUUUCUUGGGCGUCGGAAUGCUAACAGCCGGCAUGUUCAGCGCCCUGAAAAAUCUGUACACCGCGAUCGUGGAAGGUUAA